AUGCUUUCUGUCGCUCAGACGCUACGGCGCCUAUUAGAGGCCGAGGGCGCGAUCAUUCAUCCUUCGUUAAGGGCCCUUCCCCUUUCCAAGAUGGGGGGUGGGAUGGGGAUGAUUGCGAGUGAGCGAAUCGAAUCAACCACGACGCUUGCGAUUUUACCAUCGAUGAGCCUGUUAACUAUUCAAAAGGCGCGAUGGCAUCUUGCCCUUGCCGAGAUCGCUUUGCAGGGGUUCACUAAGCAUACGAAGGAGAGUGUGAGUAGUUUGCGAAGAGAGCAGAGACAGGGUUUUACCGCGAUGCAGUCGAAUUUUUUUCACAUGAUCGACAAUAAAGAGGAUGAGGAAUCUAAUGUUAGUUCUAAAUGUCUUGAUGAAUCUUAUUUUCAAGAUCUUGUGCAAGAAACCAUGGAUAAUUUGAAGGAGCAACUCAGCCCCACGGAAACGAUGACGAGCUAUAUCGUGCUGAUGGCAUCGCUCUACCGAAAUGUUAACAGUAAAAAUACCAUAGUGGGUACGACUCUAAAAUUUAAGGAGGAAACUAAUACAAUAAAUUCAGAAAGAUGCAAUGAUGAUUCCUCAGUAGAUAAUAGCAAGAAUAAUUCUAUAUCUACUCCUAGAUUUUGCAAUACUAGCGAAAAUGCGUGGAUGCGAGACUGGAUGAAUGUUCUGCCUGGUGCCUAUGAUAACCUCCUCGAGCUUUCCAACGGAUUUGAUACGAGGUUGAAUACGACCGAUAAUUAUUUACAGGGGUUUAAUAAAUUAUCCUCAGAAAAAUCAGAUUUGCAAAUCAGUCCUCUGUGGUUUGCACGGCAUCGCGCGAAGGUUGCAUAUGAACAGGCUGAAUUUGUUAAGCGAUACCAGCACUGCCUUGACGUCUUACUCUGCCUAAAAGAGCUCCCAAUCGGUGUUAAUGAGGAGUAUAAUGAGGCAUUUUUAACAAGAGAUAAUCAUAAUCAUUAUAGUAAUAAUUGUAAAGGGAAAUUGUUUGCCUUCGCACAGAAGGGCGUUUCCUGCACCUUAGAUCAAUUUUUAUGGGCUUUUAACACUCUUAUGAGCCGUGGGUUUGCCUUUGAGGAGGAGGUGUGGGUUAUGAUGCCAUGGGUGGAUUACUUCAACUACGCUCUACACGCUAAUUGCACAAUGUAUGCCCAGCGUUGCAAACACCAUAAAAUAAAUAAUACUAAUGAUAACGAUCCCGAAUGCGAAUUUAGUAUUAGUAGUGACGAUGAAAUCGUUUCCAACCCUUCGGAUUCGUCCGAUUGCUUAAAAAAAGAAGGGUCGGUAGUGCGCUCCUCUCCAACGAAGGGGUGGGAGUACGUUUUUCAGGCAACAUCUUCAAUAGAAGCAGGGGAACAGGUUUGUAUUUCCUACGGAUCUUAUUCUGAUUUUGAAUGCCUCUUAUGGUAUGGCUUUAUUCAACGCCCGUAUUUACUUCCAACCUCUGUGUUACCUUCCGAACCUCCGCGCGAUUUUCAGUCGUUUUUUUUAUUUCCAAAUACCCGAACUGCACAAAUUUUCUUAAGGAAAAUGGGUGUAAAUGUUGAGGAGUUAUCUCAUCUACAUGCGGCUAUACCUCGUCUUCAGGAAGAAUGCUUCCGCCAGACUACUUUUGAAGGAUUCUGGAAACAUCACAUGGCGUUUUCCACUUCUGAUAAUAAACUUGAAGGAAAGUUCGAAUACAAGAAAUGGAAGUCUGCGCUUCAAAAGGCAUUUGCAUUUGUUUUCUCUCCCUUCCAAGAUGCUGAAGGCGGGUAUUUAGAUCCUCACAAGGGCGCUACGUGGAUAAAUGAGCUCGUGAAUCAUUAUCUCAAUACUCCUCCCAUUUCAAACAUUUUAGCCUUUGGAAACCUUUCUGAUAAAAUUUCAAUCUUUAAGGAUAAAAUUACGUAUUUGGAUAAGGGGUGCCGUUGUUUUGCCGAAUACUUGCAGUUCUUUCUUCGUGGGCAAAUUUCUAAUAGCUUACGAAUCAUUAAUACUGCUAGUUCUCAGAAGUGUACGCUAGGAGUGUUUGGGGCUUCUUUUGCGAUGCAAGAAUGGAUUCAAUGCAUCGCUCGAGAAUGCCGGAAUCAGCUUAAAAGUAAGAAAAAAAAAUUCCACUCUCGGAGCGAAGAAUUAUUAUUAUUAUUGUUGCCUUCCUUACAGGAUGCUAAGUUAUUUGUUCUGCGCGCAAUCGCAUGGAUGGAGCUUUACUCAAAUUAUUCCAGUUAUGAACACUACUUUCAAGCCGAAGGUUCAACAGUAAAUACUAAGGAGAGCUUUACCACCGUAUAUAUGAGCCAUAUAUCCUCAGAUAAUGAGGGUAGGGUUUUUUUUUCAGUGGAAUCCAUGUCUCUAAGGGCUUCUUUAGAUGCAUGGCUUUUAUUGCAAUAUCUUGCGCUGGAGGCUAACGAUGUUGAACUUCUUUCAUAUUUACACUUUGAGAGUGAUUAG